AUAAAGAUUGACCAAGCAACACACUAGCGACUUCUGCAACCCCACGCACUCCAUGUCCACACCACAACGUUGUUAUUUCACUUGGCACCACAAAUUCCCCAAACACUACUCCUUUACAGCGGCUAUUUCAUUCUCACAUGCUUGUAUAUGUAUAGUUUCCACUUACAUGGUUCUAUUGGUUUCUCAAUGUCUAUCUUUGUACCUUGCCACAAGUAUCCCUUAAGGUCCUUCCACCAUCUUCCUACUUCCCGUUGCCUGUUUCGCCGAACAUUUGUGAUAUGUUCGGUUGCUACCACUACUACUGUUACUACCGUCAAAUCUCGGCCAACCAACCAGAGCCCAGAUCCUCUUAAGGAUAAACCACUGGUGGUAAAUACUCCGACUGUAUUCACAACCACUAAAUCUCCUCCUUUGCUCAAUGACCCAAGUCUGCAAUCAACAUGGUCUCAUCGUGCGUGGGUGGCUGCUGGGUGCGCCACAGUGCUUGUUUCUGUAGCCAAGUCCGUGAUGGGUGCUGCCCAAUCACACGUCUGGCUCGAACCCAUCUUGGGUGGCUGCAUGGGCUACAUUUUAGCGGAUCUAUUGUCCGGCAUCUACCAUUGGGGAAUUGACAACUACGGUGAUGCAUCAACUCCAGUUUUUGGUCCACAAAUUGAUGCAUUUCAAGGUCACCAUAAGUGGCCAUGGACAAUCACUAGACGUCAGUUUGCUAACAACUUACAUGCCUUGGCUCGCAGUGUUACAUUUGCAGUUGUUCCUCUAGAACUUGUUUUUCAUGAUCCUACUUUUCAUGGUUUUGCUAGCGUAUGCUCCUUCUGCAUUAUGUUCAGCCAACAAUUCCAUGCUUGGGCCCAUGGCACUAAGAGCAAGCUACCACCGCUAGUGGUGGCAUUGCAAGAAGCGGGUGCUGUGUCGCGGUCACAGCAUGCCGCUCACCACAGACCACCGUACAACAAUAACUAUUGCAUAGUGAAUGGUGUGUGGAAUAGAUUUUUGGAUCAACAUAAGGUUUUUGAGGCAUUAGAGAUGAUCUUGUAUUUCAAAUUAGGGGUACGACCCAGAUCAUGGAGUGAGCCAACCUCUGACUGGACGGAGGAGACUGAAGUACCUUCUCAAAUUACAGAGAAUUGAUACUUUUUUACGUUUUCUUCUUUCUCCUACAAUCCUUGUUCUUCUCACUGGGCUUAGAGAUGUUGCAGUAUGUAAUUCUUUUAGAAGACAAAUGCAUGGUAUGUCAUAAAAAUGCAAGGCAUGUUGUAGAAAUGCAAAGUAUACAUGUCAAUAACAUUUGUUUCUAGAAUUUAAUGGGAUCAUUUUCUUCUUCUU